AUGGAGAACACAUCUACUGUCAAAGUAUUUACUCUCUCUGGAUUGCAAGACGCAAGAACAUACAGAUCCAUUUACUUCUCCUUUACUCUCCUUAUUUACCUACUGAUUAUCUUAGUAAACCUAACUGUGAUCUUGAUAAUCUGCUUGGAGCGGGAUCUGCAUGAGCCCAUGUACGUCUUGUUGUCCCAUCUGUGCGUUAAUGGAUUAUGUGGCACUGCAGGGUUCUACCCCAAAAUCCUCCUGGAUAUUCUCUCAGAUGUGCAUGUCAUCUUGUACAGUGGCUGUUUGGCACAGUUGUGUGUCAUCUACAGUUUUGUCAUGUGUGAGAUAACCCUGUUAACUGUGAUGUCGUAUGACAGGUAUGUGGCAAUAUGCAGGCCAUUACAGUACCACACAAUCAUGACUCCUCUUAUGGUUAGAAGUCUGUUGUUAUAUGCUUGGCUUAUUCCAAUCUCUGAGGUGGUGGUCGCUCUUAUUUUGACACUCAGGCUCCCUCUAUGUGGGACUCACAUCGACAAACUCUUCUGUGACAACGGGUUCAUAAUGAAACUGUCUUGCGUCCCCGCCACCAUCAAUAAUAUGUGGGGGAUAGUCAUUGUGACUAUACAAUUCUUAAAUGUAUUUCUCGUCUUGUAUACUUACGGGCAGAUAGUAAACGUUUGUCUGCGAUCUAGCGAGGGGAGGUCAAAGUUCAUGGAGACCUGUGUCCCGCACCUAGCAUCCAUUGUCAGUUUCAUUGUUGCGACGAUGUUUGACUACGUUUACAGCAGGCACAACUCUAAAGUCCUUCCGCUGGGCUUGCGCAACUUCAUGGCCGUAGAGUUCCUUGUGAUUCCCCCGCUGUUCAACCCCAUUGUGUACGGACUCAAAAUGAAGAAGAUACGGACCAGAGUCAUCAAACUAUUUAGUAACACCACAGUGUCACACAGAUUUGGAGGUAAGUCACAAUGGGCCAAAAAGUGA